AUGUCGACGAGUAAAGAAAUGGUCGACACGCCCGAGCAGCGCGCCAGCGAUGACGUCAAGACAAGCAAGGCGCCGACAGUCAAAAGCGAUGUCACGUCUGAAGAGCCAAAGGGUGGCAUGGGUGGCUACGUCCGCAUCUUCAAGUAUGCAGAUCGUACAAGCUGGAUCCUCAACACCAUCGCAUUCGUUGCAGCCAUCGCCGCUGGAACACUACUUCCGUUAAUGGAUCUGGUCUUUGGCAAGUUCAUCUCGACGUUCACUGGGUUCGCGACUGGCUCGAUCACGCCAGCGCAAUAUCGUGCCGAAGUGAACAAAUACACAUUGUACUUCAUCUACCUCUUUGUUGCGAAGUUUGGUCUCGUCUACAUUCACUCGGCAUUUGUAUCCAUCGCAGCCAUCCGCACCACCAAGGCCUUACGAUUGGACUUCAUCAAGAGUAUUCUCCGCCAGAACAUCGCAUACUUCGACUCAGAUGAAGCCGCUUCGGUCACGACACAGGCUACGACGAACGGAAACAAUGUCAACAACGGUAUAUCGGAGAAGCUCACGUUGACCGUUCAAGGUGUAUCGACCUUCGUCUCAGCAUUCAUCAUCGCCUUCAUCGUCCAAUGGAAACUUACCCUGAUAACGAUCAGCAUCGUUCCUACAAUCAUGAUCGUUGUCGGUGUUUCCAUCGGCAUUGAUACCAAGAACGAGAAUCAAUUGCUACCGAUUUACUCCAAAGCCGGACAACUUGCGGAAGAGAUUUUCGCGACUGUGCGCACGGUUCACGCGUUCUGGCUUCAUCCAUUGCUGUCCAGUAAGUAUGACAAGCUUCUUGGCGAUGCCCAGGAGGUUGGUAUGAAGAAGUCCCCGAACUAUGCCGUCAUGUUCUCAGUCGAGUUCUUCUGCAUCUAUGCGGGCUAUGGUCUGGCCUUCUGGCAAGGCAUCCGGAUGUGGGCCAGGGGCGAAGUCCAAGAGAGUGGCGACGUGUUUACCGUCAUCCUCGCUGUCAUUGUCGCAGCAACCGCUAUGACAACAAUAGCACCUCAGAUCAUAUCUCUGACGAAGGCCUCUUCUUCUGCCGACGAGUUAUUCAAAACCAUCGAUCGGAAGUCCGAGAUUGAUCCCUUGAGUGUUGAUGGCAAGGUGCCUAGCGUGUGUCAAGGUGUUGUCGAGAUUCGAGACGUCAGCUUUGCCUAUCCCGCUAGACCUGACAUCACAGUCUUGAAGAGCUUAACGCUAUCUGCGCCUGCUGGAAAGACUACAGCCCUCGUAGGAGCAUCAGGCAGCGGCAAAUCGACAAUCAUCGGCUUGAUAGAGCGAUGGUAUGAUCAGGCUAGCGGCGCCAUAUACCUCGACGGUACUGACAUACGAGAGCUCAAUCUCACCUGGCUACGUACGAAUAUCCGAUUAGUACAGCAAGAACCAGUGCUUUUCUCCGGUACUGUCUACGAAAACGUCGCAUUCGGCUUGUUCGGCACCGACAAGGCCAACUUGCCCGAGAGCGAGCAGCGAGCGCUCGUAGAGAAGGCCUGCAAGAACGCUUAUGCCGAAGAGUUCAUCGAGCGGCUGCCAAAGGGUUAUGACACGCAGUUGGGUGAGCGUGCUAUGAACCUCUCGGGCGGUCAGAAGCAACGACUAGCCAUCGCGCGCAGUAUCGUCUCGGAGCCAACUGUCCUUCUCUUGGAUGAAGCCACCAGCGCUUUGGACCCAAAGGCAGAGAAGAUCGUACAGCAAGCACUUGAGCGUGUCUCUCAAGGUCGCACAACCAUCGUCAUCGCUCAUAAGCUUUCUACCAUUCGCAAUGCCGACAACAUCGCAGUCAUGGCUGCUGGAAUUGUGGUUGAACAAGGUUCACACGACGAGCUUCUCGCUGCUGGUGGUGCAUACGCUCGUCUCGUCAGAGCCCAGGACCUCGGCCAAGCAGAGGGCGAAGAGCAGGAAGACCAAGAUUUUGCCGCAGAGAAGAUUGAUCUAGUACGGACGCAGACUCAAGCAUCCGCUAUCGGCCAAGAAGCGAAAGUUUCCGACAAAGACAGCAUCAAUUACAACCUGGUGAAGUGUGCCUGGAUAGUGCUCAAGGAACAGGGUGCCCUUUGGAAGUGCUUUCUCAUAUUGGGAAUUGCAACACUAGCUGGAGGAGCGACCUACCCAGCUCAAGCCAUCCUGUUCUCUCGCGUCGUCGAAGCCUUCCAACUGUCUUCCAAGAGGGCAGUAGAACAGGGCGACUUUUACUCCUUGAUGUUCUUCGUUGUCGCAAUCGGCAAUCUUGUUGUCUAUGGCGCUGUUGGCUGGGCCAGCAACGUUGUCGCACAGGUUGUCGCCAGGGUAUACAGACGCGAGAUCUUCGACCUUGUCCUCAAGCAAGACAUGGCAUUCUUCGACGAUCAAGACAAUGCAAGCGGCGCGCUCGCCUCCAAACUCGGAGCCUACCCUGACGCACUGCGCGACCUUAUGGGCUUCAACCUGAUGCUCAUUUUCAUCAACAUCGUCAACAUCGUUUCUUCCUCGAUUCUUGCCAUCGUGGUUGGCUGGAAGCUCGGUCUUGUAGUUGUCUUUGGAGCUAUGCCUCCAAUCGUGUUUUCUGGGUACCUCAGGAUUCGACUUGAAUUCAAGCUAGAAGAUCUUACGGGCAAACGUUUCGCCAGCAGCGCUGCACUCGCAUCCGAAGCAGUCUCCGCCAUUCGCACAGUCUCCAGUCUCGCGCUCGAAAGACACAUCCUCGCCCGGUACGAAGAUCGACUACGAGGUGUCGCAAGAGACGGCAUCAAAGCUUUGGUGUGGACCAUGUUUUGGUACGCACUGACGCAGUCCAUCUCAUUCUUGGCAAUGGCCCUGGGCUUUUGGUACGGCGGCCGACUGAUCAGCACGGGAGAAUACACGACUACCCAAUUCUUCACGGUCUUCAUCGGUGUCAUUUUCUCUGGAGAGGCAGCUGCAGCCUUCUUCUCUUACACUACGAGUCUCACAAAGUCGGCCACUGCGGCCAACUACGUUUUUCGGUUGCGGGCAAUGAAGCCUGCAGUGCAGGAAGACGCAUCAAAGCCGCCAUUUGACGACGAGAAGGACAAGAGUCCAGCGCAUAUUGAGGUGCAAGACCUUGCUUUCGCGUACAAGUCUCGGACCCACGCCAAGGUCCUGGAGGGCAUCGAUAUCGAUGUCCGCCCCGGUCAAUUCAUUGCUCUCGUCGGCGCUUCAGGCUGCGGGAAGUCAACAAUGGUUUCGCUCUUGGAGAGGUUCUAUGAUCCCGUUGCGGGGCGUAUCACCUGCGAUGGCGCUCCGUUGAUGGACCUCUGUCCACGCAAGUACCGCCGAGGUGUGUCUUUGGUCCAGCAAGAGCCAGUCCUGUAUCAAGGCUCGGUCCGGGACAACAUCGCCAUGGGUGUUGAAGUCGACGUGACUGACGCUCAGGUCGAAGCCGCAGCCAAGCAGUCGAACAUAUCCGACUUCGUUGCAUCUUUGCCAAACGGCUUUGCGACGAUGUGUGGUAGUAGAGGCACGCAACUAUCGGGUGGGCAGCGCCAGCGUAUCGCCAUCGCCAGAGCACUCAUCCGCGAGCCACGCCUACUGCUUCUUGACGAAGCUACUUCCGCACUGGAUACUGAAUCCGAGAGGGUAGUUCAGGCGGCGCUCGAGGAAGCGCAGAGUGGACGUACAACUGUCGCGGUAGCGCAUCGUCUCAGUACUAUCAAGGAUGCGGACAUGAUCAUGGUGUUCGCGAGGGGAAAGAUUGUGGAAAGUGGCACACAUCAAGAACUACUUGACAAGAAGGGUGUGUACUAUGAGAUGUGCUUGGGCCAAAGUAUGGAUCGGGCGGUCCCGACAUGA